AUGGGUUCAGAUACAGACGCACCUCCCAGGCUAGUGACAGUAGCCGCUUGCCAGCUGAGUCCCAUUCACCUCGCAGACACCCGCGAAGAUGUAUUGAAGCGAAUGAUCUCACUCCUGGAUCAAGCCGCAGAACAGAGCGUCAAAUUGGCCGUCUUCCCUGAACUUGCCUUUACCACCUUCUUCCCCCGAUAUUUAUUAGAAGGACAAGACCUGGAUCAAUACUUCGACAUCGAAGAUCCUAGCAAAGGCGGCAUUGAGCAGUCACCAAACAUCAAACCUCUAUUCGACCAUGCUCGAAGUCUUGGGAUCGACGUUUAUGUUGGAUAUGCAGAGCGAAGCAUUCAAAGUGACGGCUCUCACGUCGACUAUAACUCAAGCGUCUACUACUCAGCAAAGGCGAACAAAAUUGUAGGAAAAUACCGCAAAGUCCACCUCCCCGGCUCCGUGGAACCCAAAACCGCACCGGGUGCCUUCCAACAACUAGAAAAACGCUACUUCAGACCCGGCGACCUUGGAUUCCCUGCAUUCAGAGCUCCAGGCCUCGUCGAUGGCGCACUGAAAAAGGGCGACAUGGGAAAGUCUACCACUGGCAAAGGAGAUCCUAUUAUCGGAAUGUUGAUCUGCAACGAUCGACGAUGGCCCGAAGCAUGGCGCGUGUACGGUCUACAGGGAAUGGAAAUCAUGUGUUGCGGUUACAAUACCACUGCUUUCCAGACUACUAGCAGCGGCCAUGCAGUUGACAUGAGUCCCGAGGCAGCUGAGGAGCUGGUGAUGUUGCACCAUAAACUUUCCUGCCAAGGAAAUAGCUACAUGAAUGCUUGUUUCAGUAUUAAUGUUGCCAAAACUGGUGCGGAAGAUGGAAAUCCAUUAGUUGGUGGAACUAUUAUUGUUCAUCCACUUGGUCAUAUUAUCAAAGAGGCUGCUACGAAAGAGGAUGAGCUGGUGGUGGCUACUAUUGAUCUAGCGGACUGUGAUCGGCCGAAAAGUACAGUUUUUGCUUUUGAGAAGCAUCGGAGGACGGAGCAUUAUCAUACUAUUGUUGAACGGGCUGGGGUGGUUGAGCCAGAGCUUUUGGCUAGUGAUUAA